GGGCGGCAGUUCUGCGUCGCCUCCCCACGAGGUCAGUCAGACCCACGCGCGAGAAGCUCGGCGACCGGAAGCCGGCUGACAUGUAGUGCCAAAAUCGGGAGUCUCGCGAAUCAGCCAAAGCCUCCCGCCAUGUCGCGAAUUAUCUGAGGUGAAGAGAAAGAAAAAAAAAAAUAACAAAAAAAAAUCAAAAAACAAACCGCCGUUACGUUGUUCCGAUAACGAAAAUCCCGAGGCAUGCGAGUGAUCGUUGUUAAGCGCGAGAUGCUUUUUAUGCUGCUCGAUGGACUUUGGACAGUGUUUCUACUGCACCUACUAACGACCGUCGAUUGUCUCGCUGAGAAGCAAGGAAAUGAGAAUCACCACCAAGGAUGCAAGCUCGAAGGAAUGCACCCGCUGCUCAUCGUCACCUACAAGAACCUCACGAUAUCGGCUGACAAGAUCACGCUGCCUCAUGGAUCCCGGGUCUCAGUUCGCUGCCGGGAACUCGGCAGGUACAAGCUCAUGGGGGAUCCCUUGCUGCAGUGUCGGAACGGAACAUGGAACGGAAAGCUGCCUUCUUGCGUUCCUACAACGGCCAUCUCUAAUUAUACCGAGGACGUUCCACCGACAAUUCUGUUUGGCUUACCGGCCGGUUCGGCGGCUGUUGAACCAUCCGGUACUCUCGCCGUUUUUCCCGGCAGCAUCCUGCAUCUCGAGUGUCUCUUUGCCCGACGUCUCGGAAAUCCUGAAUGGACAUGGACGUCGAACAGACAAUAUCUCACCGGCUGGGCUAUCGCAUCCACGGAGAGGGACUGGAAGUAUAGACUCUCUAUAUACUACGCCAAGUCUCAGGACUCUGGGAAUUACGUGUGCUCCACGCCCCGAGGCUUGGCCAACUCCAUUCGCGUCCACGUGGUCGACAUCCAUUGUCCCACGAUUGAACAACCGGUCGCACCGUUGAGUGGUAAAAUCGAGGGUGCCAGGAUGGGACAGAGCGCGACGUUCAAGUGUCCAGAGGGAUAUAGGCUGCAGGGUGCGCCGAACAUAACCUGCCAGUAUAACGGUUUAUGGUCAGCUGCGGUACCUCGCUGCGAGCCGAUCCUUUGUCCUGAGCUUGUACCAACGAACGCAAAGCUGCAGCUCUUGGAGCGCAACAACAGCCAUGGAGGUCGGGUAGUUUUCACCUGUAUGUGGGGAUACAGAUUAUCGGGUCCUCAGAGUAUUCAAUGCGAGGGCGAGGGUGUCUGGACAAACAGCAUGCCCACCUGCGAAGAAAUCACCUGCCCAAUACCAACGUCCCCAAAAAGUGGACAUAUAGUCGAACACAAGCGGAGUACGAAAAAGCGAAAUCUUCGAUACAAAGUUGGCGCCCUGGUCCAGUUCGCUUGUCAGCCUGGUCAUCAGCUGGUCGGUGAAUCUUCCGCGAUCUGCACCGAAGGUGGAAGCUGGUCGCACCCAACGCCGAUAUGCAAGGUGAGAUGUCCGUAUCCUGGGGAUCCACCGCACGGCAGAAUCGCUCCAUUGAAGUUCUGGUACGAGCCUGGCGACAAUAUCCAGGUGACGUGUUCACCGGGCUACGUAACACCUUUGGAACCAGUGAAGAGGCCCACAUGCCGAGAGAACGGCAUUUGGAGUGGUCCCCCGCCCCCGUGUCGAUCCUACAAAGACGUUUAAAAAUUAAAGCUCGACUCGAGUCCGAUGACGUUCCAAAAUUGCGUUGCCUCACCUUGUCUCGUUCCAUCGCGUCUCCUGUUUCUGAGAGGCGAGGCACGCGAGGUUUGAGUACACGUUACAACACACGCGCAUACGUGAAUACAUACAUAAAUACAUACAUGCUAGUCGUGAGGAAAUCGGUUUGAUUUCAGGUUUCGCGCGACCUUUAAGCCCCCGAAUACCGCCCAACAACAGUCCAAAAGCAUUCCUCGCAGGGAACAUCUACCUAUAUGUAUAUAUAUAUAUACACACACAUACAUAUAUAUGUACAUGCGAUUCGAACUUCGAAACGUUCGUGGGUCCCCUACCACGUGUUUCUCUCUGUAAGGCGAUUCCGUUCUCUGGCCGAAAAAAAAAAGGAAAAAGAAAAAGAAAAAUGCAAGAAAAGAAAAAGACAAAAAGAAAAUGAAACUAACAAAACAUCGACGACAUUUUAUACAUACCUAGACACAUAUACCGAGUAAGCUUAUUUUAUUUUUUAUACAUCGUGUAAUGUAUUGUAAAUUUAUCUCCGGAGAAUUGAGACGAGAGUGGAUCAUCCCCGUCAUCAAUGAGACUAAUUUGUCACGCGCGAUUUAUGAGAUUCAUUCAACGGUAAGGCCGAAAUACGAGGGAAUUAAAACGCACGAACACGAUAUGAUUACCCAUCGUUGGGUAUACUAUACAUAUAAAUAGUAUGUGAGGUAUUCCAUGCCAACUGAGAGGAAAUUUUCCCUGACCCCCGCCAACUUGCUUCAUUAUUUUUUAUAUGAUUCUACAACCUAAAAAAAGCGCACACCAUUUU